CCUUCCUGUCGGCUGGUUGGCGCGUCAGUCCGGGCGCUGCUUGCCGCUGCCUCCGUUCGCCGUGCCGGGGAAGGGGGCCGGCUGCACAAGGUAAAGCAUGGCUGCCAAGCCAAACAAUGGAUUGGUGGCUCUAACCAAGAGAGCUGAUCCAGCUGAGCUGAAAACAAUAUUUUUGAAGUAUGCAAGUGUUGAAAAAAAUGGUGAAUUUUAUAUGUCUCCCAAUGAUUUCGUCACACGCUUCCUGAAGAUAAUAGGAGAUGGGGUGUCCAAUCCCAAUACAGUCCAACUGCUGGGAGGUGUAGUAGAUCAAACUAAAGAUGGGUUGAUAUCCUUUCAAGAAUUUGUAGCGUUUGAAUCUGUCCUCUGUGCUCCAGAUGCAUUGUUUAUGGUGGCAUUUCAGCUUUUUGACAAAACUGGCAAAGGAGAAGUUACUUUUGAGGAUGUUAAACAGGUAUUUGGCCAGACUACAAUUCACCAGCGUAUUCCUUUUAACUGGAACUCUGAAUUUGUGCAGUUACAUUUUGGCAAAGAUCGGAAAAGGCACCUAACAUAUGCAGAGUUCACCCAGUUCUUAUUGGAAAUACAGUUGGAACAUGCAAAGCAAGCAUUUGUGCAACGAGAUAAUGCUCAAGCUGGAAGAGUCACAGCCAUUGACUUCAGGGAUAUUAUGGUCACCAUCCGACCUCAUAUGUUGACGCCUUUUGUUGAAGAAUGUCUAGUAGCUGCUGCUGGAGGUACCACUUCUCAUCAAGUCAGUUUUUCCUAUUUUAAUGGAUUUAAUACCCUUCUUAAUAACAUGGAACUUAUUAGGAAAAUCUAUAGUACUCUGGCUGGACAUAGAAAAAAUGUGGAAGUUACUAAAGAGGAGUUUGUUCUGGCAGCUCAGAAAUUUGGCCAGGUUACACCCAUGGAAGUUGACAUCUUGUUCCAGUUAGCAGAUUUAUAUGAGCCACGGGGACGCCUGACAAUGGCUGAUAUUGAAAGAAUUGCACCUUUGGAAGAAGGAACUUUGCCCUACAACCUUGCUGAGGCUCAGAGACAGCAAGCGCCAACUGAUGUGUCUCGACCUAUUCUCAUCCAGAUAGCAGAAUCUGCAUACAGGUUUGCCCUUGGUUCAGUUGCUGGAGCUGUUGGAGCCACUGCUGUGUAUCCAAUUGAUCUGGUGAAAACACGAAUGCAGAACCAGCGCUCCACUGGGUCAUUUGUUGGAGAGCUGAUGUACAAGAAUAGCUUUGAUUGCUUCAAGAAAGUGCUACGUUAUGAAGGAUUCUUUGGGCUGUACAGAGGUCUUCUGCCACAGUUGCUGGGUGUAGCUCCCGAAAAGGCCAUAAAACUUACUGUAAAUGAUUUUGUGAGAGACAAAUUUAUGCACAGAGAUGGUUCUGUCCCUUUUGCAGCAGAAAUUCUUGCUGGGGGCUGCGCCGGAGGAUCUCAGGUGAUUUUCACAAAUCCACUAGAAAUCGUUAAAAUUCGCUUGCAAGUGGCUGGAGAGAUCACAACUGGUCCACGUGUUAGUGCCCUUACUGUCUUGCGGGACCUGGGAUUUUUUGGCCUUUAUAAGGGAGCCAAAGCCUGUUUCCUUCGUGACAUCCCCUUUUCUGCCAUUUACUUCCCUUGUUAUGCUCACACAAAGUCUGCUUUUGCAAGUGAAGAUGGACAGGUGGGCCCUGGAUAUUUGCUUCUAGCAGGAGCAAUAGCAGGGAUGCCUGCCGCAUCUUUAGUGACCCCUGCAGAUGUGAUAAAGACAAGGUUACAGGUAGCAGCCCGGGCAGGACAAACCACCUACAGUGGUGUCAUUGAUUGCUUUGGAAAGAUCUUACGAGAGGAAGGUCCAAGGGCUUUUUGGAAAGGAGCUGCAGCGCGUGUAUUUCGUUCAUCCCCUCAGUUUGGAGUGACCCUGGUGACAUAUGAGCUACUGCAGAGAUGGUUUUACAUUGAUUUUGGAGGAGUAAAGCCAGCAGGAUCUGAACCAGUGCUUAAAUCUAGGAUCACCCUUCCUGCGCCUAACCCUGACCAUGUUGGGGGUUACAAACUGGCUGUUGCCACAUUUGCAGGAAUUGAAAGUAAAUUUGGACUUUAUUUACCUCGGUUUAGAUCAAUGUCUCCUACCUCUAAAGCAGCACCUAUUUAAUCCUAAAUAACAAUAUACUUGCAACUAAUGGUUGGCAAAAGAACCAUAUGUCUGAUCAAUCUUUACUACUUCAUUCCUUUAGGUUUUUUGUCUCAACCAAGCCUUAUCUAGAAAUUUUGUUUUCUUCCCCAUUUUCCCAUUUCAAAUGUACGUUUGUGCUUCCUAUGUUGGAUCACUGUGAAGUUCCUGCUGAAAUAGUUGUUAGUUUGGACCCAUGAAUGUAUUUUUUCCCUAAUUACUUAUACUUGGGAUUGUGAAAUGUACUUGAUUUGGAAAAGAUACUCAUACUUAAUUAUUUUUCUUGUUGGUGGGCAAAAAGAGAAUGUUGUCAUAAAGUAGAAUGUGGCCUUUUGCAUCAGAGGAGGAUUGUUCUGCCAUCGUGACUGCAUAAUAGGUAUUAGAGCUGAGCAGCACUUCAAAUUCAAAGGCAAAACUGUGCUUUAUGGUACAAGUAUGUGAAUGUAACCCAUCUGCAACUGCUUAAAGCAGUUGUUGCUUUUUCUGGGAUCAUGCAAUUACCCUGUGUGGCUGCUACACAAUCCCUGGAAUACACACCUUUGGUUUAAGGAGUGCUAGAUUCAUGCCUUCAAGUAUUCCAGAGCAACUAUUUGCCUUCAAAUCCAAACUUUACAGCUCUGUUGGAUAUAGUCUUAUAUACAUUUACAUUUAUAUGGGUGUAUAUGUGUGUGUGUGUGUGUGUGCAUAGACAUAGAGACGCGUGUGUACACACACAUACACAUGUAUGUAUGUAUGAUUUUCAUAUAUGCAACAGAGAUCAUGAUGCAAGAUGAAGGAUUAUUUAAACCAUCAGAUUAUGCAUUGGUUACAUACUCAGUCUAUGUACAAUAAGAUUCAAAAGGUAUCAGUAUGAGCAGUACCUGAUUCUGCAACUGUAUUUCACAUACAUUGCAUUCCUGAAUUGUAUUAUAGAGCUUUUAUGGCAAAUACAUUUUUAUAACUUAAACCAUGUCAACAAAUGUUAAGAAAUUUACAUUCCUGCUAGCAGUUACAACUGGAUAAACCUGGGAAAGAAACGUCGCCUUUCCGUAAUCUAUGCACUUUGUGGAAGAACACGUGGCCCUGUUAUUCCCCGCAUUGACAUUUCACAAGCCAGGCGAGAGCCAUCAACAGGUAUCAUUGUAUGCUCUCAAUCGUUUUCCGUGCUUUGCUGCAUUGACUUGAAUGGAAGCUGCACCCAGCAGCUCUGGAAUCUGCCCCUACCAAUAUUUGGAAUAUUUUUGUGUGAUGCACUUAGGAGUAACUGCUGCUUGCUUAAAUAAAUGCAAUAGAAGAAUUCAA